UUUCAGUGGAAUAACCCUUUCAUUCUCUUCUGAACAAUUACCAUGAAACAAGCUAUGGAGGAUGGUGUCAGUGAGGUGCUGUCCAGUGUGGUGAAGGAUGUUGACCAAGCUGUUAGCAGGAACAUUAAUGGUGCUCAGCUUCUGCAUGAACUACUGAGCGCACCGUGGCUUUGUGCCCUGCUGAAGAUUUAUGAGUGCCUGUUAAAGUUCCAGAGACUGACACCGAGCCCCGUUUUGCCCUAUGCUGCAGGACUCUCACACGAGGUCAUGACUGCAAUACUGAAGGCUCAAAAUCCUUCAGCUCCUGCUAGAGAGUUAUGCAGCCUCCUGAGCUCACCUCAUAUCCAGGCUCUCUUGUCAUCUCAUGACAGUGUUGCACAGUCAGACUAUGAGCCUGUCUUACCCCCUCUGCCUGAUGAAAUACCAGAGGAUGAGGAGGCAAUGAGGAUUGUGUGUCUUGUAAAGAACAACCAGCCUCUGGGUGCAACUAUAAGGAAGGAUGAGGCGACGGGAGAUAUCUAUAUUGCCCGGGUGAUUCAUGGAGGAUUGGCUGACCGCAGUGCACUUCUACAUCCUGGAGAUCUAUUAGUGGAGGUAAAUGGAAACCCAGUGGUGGGCCUGGAACCAGAACAGGUCAUCCAUAUACUGGCCAAUUCCCAGGGCACUAUCCUGUUUAAAGUCAUUCCAAAUCCAUCUCAGGCCAGCAACAGCCAGACACUGGUAUGUAUGAGGGCAAUGGUAGAUUACUGCCCUCUGCAGGAUUCUUCCAUCCCAUGUCCAGAUGCAGGAAUGGCAUUCAGCAGAGGAGACCUUCUUCAGGUGGUUGACCAGUCAGAUGGACAGUGGUGGCAGGCCAGGAAACUGCCCUGCGCUACAUCCUGCGCUGGUCUGAUUCCCUCUGCCAGCAUGCUGAAGAGUAAACAGAGGGAACAAUGGUGGUGUCAGCCUUUACAGGUUCAUACCUGCAUCAGACCACUGACCCUGACUGCUAACGAGGACAAUCCUGCAAAUUCUGAUGAGAAACAUGCAAUAACAGAUCUGGAGGAAAUAAAUUUUGAUGAAGCUGAAUCAGAUGUUACUGAUGGAAUCUACCUGGCUGGUUUCCGUCGAAGUUUCCGUGUCUGGAAGAGAACUUCCUACAGGAAGCGGCGACAGUCGUGCACCACCUGCUCCCCCAACACCAAUGCUUUGUCCACCCCCUACGAGGAAGUGGUUUUGUACCAGCGCCCUCCUCAGGAGAACCACCGCCUCAUCAUCCUCGUUGGUGCUUCAGGAGUUGGAGUAAAUGAACUGAGGAAGAGACUCAUCAAACUGAAUCCUUCGACAUUCCAGGGACCUGUGCCUCACACCACUCGCUCAAUCAGAGCAGGAGAGCAGAACGGUAGAGAGUACCACUUUGUUACCAAAGAACUGUUUGAGUACAUGGUCUGCAACCACAGGUUUGUGGAAUAUGGGGAGAGUAAAGGUCAGCUGUAUGGAAUUAGCACUGAUGCCAUUGAUGAGGUGCUAAAACGAGGGCGGAUGUGUAUCAUUGACGCCGAGCCCCAUAGCAUCCAGCUGUUGCGAACAAAGAAAUUUAAACCCUAUGUGAUUUUCAUCAAACCACCCAGCCCAGACAGACUCAGGCAAACUCGGAGAGAUGCUCGAAUCAUCACCAAUUAUGCCAUCAACAGAGUUUUCUCAGAGGAAGACUUUGCGGAGCUUGAAGAGACAUCAAAGCUGAUUGAAGCGAAGUACAAGCAGUUUUUUGACAGCGUCCUGGUGAACGAUGACCUACAGGACGCUUGCAUAGAGCUCUGUUCCAUCAUUCAGCAGGCACAGGAUGAACCACAGUGGAUACCUGUAAGCUGGGGCAGAGCAGAGGAUUAGCACAGGGGAAGAAUAAAAUACGAAAUGACAAUGUGAAAGUGAAAUAAGAAGAAACAGGCAGAAAUGAAUAUUUAAAGACACGGUGAAAUCCUCAGAGCAGAACAUGAGGAUAAUACAUUUAUAAGGGAUGAACAGAUAAUCAGUCAUGUGAUUAUGAUGUGACACUAUCCAUGAUGUCAUAUCUUUGCAAUUGGAAACAAAACUCGUAUUUGUAUCCAGUGGUUGGUAACCCUAGCAACAGUUUGUUGUUUCAUGUUACAUGCUGUUGUAUGGUGUUGAACACUGCACUUUAAUUAUAUUUCAUAUAAUCACUCCCAGUUUUGUUGCUGUUUUUUUUUUUCAGUGACAGCUGUUCAAUGUAUUUACUUUCAGUCUUUGCCUCUCUGUGCUGUAGUGAUAUCUUAUUGGUAUGUUGUGGUUUAGAGGCUAAGUAAUGUAAUGUAAUUAAGUACACUUACUGUCAUAUAAAGGUACUUGCACUUUACUUGAGCAUUUCCAAAUUGGUCACCUUUGUGCUUUUGCUUCACAACAUUUCAAAGUUUGUACACCACAACAUUCACUUAAAGUCUUUGGUAUUUGUGUUAAUAUUAUAUUCAGAUUUUACAUAUCAAACAAGUCCGUUAAAAGUUUAAAGUGUUACUAGCAGGAACAGCUACAGCAAUUCAAUGAUAUUUAAUUCAGCAGUAGUUACAUAUUCUCGCUAUCCUGUAGGCAAAUUCAGUAACUUGUUGGCUUUUUGUAAUAAUAAUGAUGACCACCAGUGUUACCGCUCAGCCUCUUGGUAGACACAACUAUGGGGUCAAUUUCAAAAUCCUAUGUCGCCUUGUUCUCAAAUUAUCGCAUUCACAAACUUAGGUGUCCAUGCUGCCUGCUUGCCCAGCGGCAUCACUGAGAAUGUCGAAAAGACAAAAUUGCCACUUCUUCAGCUCAAUAAUAAGAAAUAAAGAACAAUAUCUAAGACGACAAAAGGAAUACACAAUGAGAAUAUCUUACAAAUACAUUCAUGUGAAGAUACGUGACAUACAUCCAUAUUACACAGUACCCAGUACGUGCUGGUAGUAUCUCCACUAAUUCAGCAGUCUGUCAUGUUUCACUGACUGGUACAAAAACAUCAUAGCAGAACAAUUACACUCUUAUGUGUAACAGUUGCCAAGGAAUCUUUUUCAUUAAAUUCUGAUGAUUUAAAGGUGAAAUGCAGUUAGUAAAAUGGCAUUCAUUUGUGAUUAGCCUUUUCCUUUUUGAAUAAAUAUAAAACAAGACCUUGAGAGAAAUAUUUUGCUUGACUGAUUUUAUUUGUAGCUCUUUGGUCAAGAAAAUAAUUUGCUUUUGCUAUGAAUGUAGAACGUCUUAUUAACACUGUACAAAUGUUUCAUCACAGCAAUUGUAUUUUAAUGGCAUAGCAUUUGCAUGUAUAUGAUACAAUAAAGUAAU